AUGGCGGCCUGGACUCCCAUGGCCACAGCCCCACCCCCUGGCCCCCUGAGACCUGGUCCCUACAGCCUGGGACUGGGCUUGGCGCGCGGGCACCAGGUGGCACUGUCGUCCAUCAGUUACAUCGGCUGCUCCCUGUCCGUGCUCUGCCUGACCGCCACGCUGGCCACCUUCGCCGUCCUCUCCUCCGUCAGCACGAUGCGGAACCAGCGCUACCACAUCCACGCCAACCUGUCGUUCGCCGUGCUGGUGGGCCAGGUGCUACUGCUCCUCAGCUUUCAGUUUCCUACAGGCACGGCAGCGUGCCGCGUGCUGGCUGUGCUCCUGCACUUCUUCUUCCUGAGCGCCUUCGCCUGGAUGCUGGUGGAGGGGCUGCACCUUUACAGCAUGGUGGUCAGGGUCUUCGGCUCAGAGGACAGCAAGCACCUGUACUACUACAGCAUUGGAUGGGGGUCUCCUCUGGUGGUCUGUGUCAUCUCCAUGUCCUCAGCCAUGGACAGUUAUGGAUCCAGUAACAAUUGCUGGCUGUCCCUGGGAAACGGCACCAUCUGGGCUUUCGUGGCUCCGGCUCUGUUUGUGAUUGUGGUCAAUAUCGGCAUCCUCAUCGCUGUCACCAGGGUCAUCUCCCAGAUCAGCGCUGACAACUACAAGAUCCACGGAGACCCCAACGCCUUCAAGCUGACGGCAAAGGCGGUGGCGGUGUUGCUGCCAAUCCUGGGCACUUCGUGGCUCUUCGGCGUGCUGGCGGUCAAUGAGCAGGCCGUGGUCUUCCAGUACACGUUCGCCACACUCAACUCCUUACAGGGCCUCUUCAUCUUCCUGUUCCACUGCGUCCUGAACUCAGAGGUACGAGCCGCUUUCAAGCACAAAACCAAGAUCUGGUCCCUUACCAGCAGCACCUCUCGGAGCACCCAUGUGAAGCCCUCCAGCUCCGACAUCGUGAACGGAGCCCGGCCAGCUACGACGUCCUCGAAGCUCAGCCCCUGGGACAAGAGCAGCGCCUCCGCCCACCGUGUGGAUCUGUCUGCUGUGUGA